AAUCAAAAGGUCACAAGGAUGUGUUAACAAACUUUUAUGGAACAUUAAUUUAUACACAAAUGAAGUUAUUUUUAAAGAGUUUGUAAUGAUCGCGGCAAACGAUCAAAUCAAACCUCCUGCGUACACGCAUGCGCUUUCCUCGUCUUUGGGCACUUGCGCUCCAGAUCCACUCUCGUGUACUUUUGCCCGAGGAACUGAAUUCCCUCUUCAAACUAAUUUUCCGAAUUUGUUCCGAGCGGGAUUGAAACCUUGAUACAUUGCGUCCAUUAACCCUUAAAAAACAUUAAAAAAAAAAAACCUCGUCUCAGCGGUGUACGUUGGAAGCUUCUUGGACUAGCUUAGUCUAGCUUAGCUUGCUAACAGAGAGACGCGUAUCCGACCAGCACUUUUCUCAGCAGAGCUCGAGCGUGAGAGUGGAAGGAAAGUGCCGUGAUCGCCCUGGGAAAAUGUGCGAAAGAAGCACGGCAGAGUACAAGGCGGAACUUUGUGGACCAAAAGAAGAGGAGGCGGGGCCACAAAUUCAACUACCAGACGCUGUUUUCAAACCGCGGCCUCAAACUGGAGUCGACACACCAGACAUCUCUGAAGAUCUUUGUAGUGGGUGGGAGAAGCCAGAGCGCCCUUACAUCAAAGAGGAAGUGGAGGAUGAAGAAGUGCCCCCCAUCAAAGAAGAAGAGGAGCCCAUUUUGAUUGCGAAAGAGGAGGAAGAAGCGCAUCCUCACAUGAAAGAGGAAGAAGAGAAGAUCAAAUUUCCCAUGAUUGGUCCCCCUUUGAAGAGUGACGACAACGUUCAAAGUGAGGAGAGUGGAGGGCCGGAGCCUCCAAGCAGCAGCUCAAUUCAACACAUGACAAAAGAAGGUGGUGGAGACCACUGUAGAGGAUCAAAAACAGACGGACUCUUAGCGCCGCUAUCAGACACUGACGACAUGACGUCACACUCUUCUGACUAUGAUGAUGAUGAUGAUGAUAAACAAUCCGAAGGUGAUAUGACAUGUCACGCUGACAACAAACAAUGGAAAUGCUCUCAGUGUGGGAAAACAUUUGCUAAUAACUGCGUUUUGAAACUACAUGUGAGAACGCACACUGGAGAAAAACCAUUUACUUGCUCAGUUUGCGGUCAAAGUUUCACUCAAAAGGGACACUUAAAAAUGCACACAAGAACGCACACAGGAGAGAAACCAUAUUCCUGCUCAGUUUGCGGCCAAAGAUUCUCUGUGAAGGAACGGUUAAAACUACACACAAGGACACACACUGGAGAGAAACCAUUUCCCUGCUCAGUUUGCGGUCAAAGAUUCACUCAGAAGAGAAAUUUAAAAAAGCACACAAGAACCCACACUGGAGAAAAACCAUUUUGCUGCUUAGUUUGCAGUCAAAAAUUUACUCAAAAGGGACACUUAAAAAUUCACUCAAGAACCCACACUGGAGAGAAACCCUUUUUCUGCUCAGUGUGCGGUCAAAGAUUCACUCAAAAGGGACACUUAAAAAUGCACACAAGAACCCACACUGGUGAAAAACCUUUUUCCUGCUCAGUUUGCGGUCAAAGGUUCUCUGAAAAUGGAAACUUAAAAAAACACACGAGAACACACACUGGUGAGAAACCUUUUUCCUGCACAGUUUGCGGGAAAAGAUUCACGCAGAGGACAGAUUUAAAAAAACACACAAGAACCCACACUGGUGAAAAACCGUUUUCCUGUUUAGUUUGCGGUGAGAGAUUCUCUCAUAAGGAUCGGAUUAAGACACACAAGUGUGUUGGGGAGAAUAGCAAUGAUUAAGAUGUGUUGAAUGCAAAUAUGAAUGUUUAAAAAAAAAUAAACUACUAUGUUAUUUUGUGAACCAGCGAUUAAUGUAUGUAUCUUUUUCUUGUCCGUAUACAGUGGUACCGCGACUUAUGAAAUCAAUUCGUUCUGGAAGUUGUUUUGUAAUGUGAUUAUUAGGAUUAUUAUUUUAAUAGUAGGAGUGCUUUUUACACGUAAAUAACCCAAUCCGCCUCCCACGGGCAAAUGUUAAUCAGCACUGGACGAGCAGCUAAGCAGCAGCUGUACAACGGAAAAAUAGUGGCCUCUGGAUCCAUCUUAUUAUACACCCACGGGUGCAAAUAAUGACUAUCCAUAUUGUGCAUGUUAUAAAAGUUUCACUGACACAGCACAUGCUUUUACUUUGUAUACAAGAUGCAGUAUUCCUACAGUGUGCCC